AUGCCAACCUCAUUCGGCCAUAGCAUCUUGUCCGUAUUCGAUGUUUGGGAAGACUCGUCGCCAUUUCUUUCCGAAGUCUUGGAAUCCGGGGAUGCGCCAAACGAUGAAGUGCAAUGUCUCUUCGAUCAGAGCCUCACUGGCGGAGCUGAGGACUGGCAUUAUCUGAUUGACUGUGCACGGUCAAUUCGAUGCGUUCAAAAUCGCCAUCCUGAAUGUCUCGACGGUAGCGACAUUCUGAGCUUCGUCUGGGAAAUAUUCGAUGGAUACGACGGUACAUCGCCACCUGCCGAGCCUUGGGGAGAAACCGAUCGUCUGAUUGCGCUCGCCAAAGACCUCGAGAGAGAUAUCGAGGUUUUGCCGCCCUCGCUGCCCACAUCACAAUCAGCCCGGAAGAGCGCAUCCUCACAGGCUCAAUCACGCGUCAAGAAACAGCGCCUAGGAACAACUUCUCAUUACUGGUCUGACGAGCUAUUGGACCAGACGAGCAAAACAAACGACAGGCAAGGCAAUCUCUCUGAUCUCUCUCUAUCUGUAUCUGGCUAUCGUCAAUGCAAUCAAGUACGGCCAUACGGCCAGACUGUCCACCAGUGCACGGGUACCGCUCUCCUUGGUGUUGCAUCGACUUUGGAUGCACAGCCUUUGAACGUAUUAUCGUCACUUGACAGCUCCCGCCUCAACAACUUAUGGCCAUGCGACUCUCUUUGUAAACUGGAGAACGAGAAGGAGGCGCCACGUAGCAAACGCUCAACGAAAUCUCCCUACUUUUUGCAGAAACCGUCACCAAAGGAGGAGUCUCCGAAGAAGAAACGGCCACCGCCAGGAACAAUUUCUUGCAUCCCGUUUCCUCCUCUCGACUCGCCCUCGUUUGGCAUCAUCCAGGAGGAGCUGGCUCAUGAUCCAUUUUGGCUGCUUAUUGCCAUUACGUUUCUCAUAAAGACGACCGGGCAGGUGGCUUUACCUGCAUUUCGUCGGGUAAAAGAACGCUUCCCUACGCCAUUACAGCUGUUAGAUCCAUCAAUCAAGGAAGAACUCCUUGACAUGAUACGUCACCUAGGACUAUCCAAUGUUCGACUUGCGUAUAUCCUGAAGUACGCAACGGCCUUUGUACACCAGCCACCAAAGUCUGGUCUGUUAUAUCGAGUGAGAAACUAUGAUAAACGGGACAGGAGCCCUACACCAAGAGAUCUCAGCAGCGGAGACUCUGAGGAUUCAGAAAUGUCGCAUUUGCCAUCAGAUAGCAGCGAUCAAGAUCUUGAGGCGUGGGAAAUCGGCCAUAUGACUCAGGGCAAGUAUGCCAUCGAUAGCUGGCGCAUAUUUUGUCGUGAUGAAUUACUGGGCCGCGCUGAAGAUUGGAACGGAAAGGGCCGCGAGGCUGAAUUUCAACCUGAGUGGAUGAGGGUGAAACCGGCCGACAAGGAGCUGCGAGCCUGCUUGCGGUGGAUGUGGAUGCGCGAAGGCUGGGAAUGGGACCCGACAACAGGCGAACGUACGGUAUUGAGGGAGGAGAUGCGAAGGGCUGUCAAUGAAGGGAGGGUUGAGUAUGAUGAUACGGGGGCAUUGAGAAUCUUGACUGUAUGA